UAAUAUCGAUUUCACAAAGCUACGGGCUUCGGUUGGAGAAUAAAAUGUGACGUCAUUUUUAGUAGGUAACAUGAUUGGUUCAUGGAAUUCAUGCGCCGAGAUAAUCAGCUGCUAGCCGGAAACGGAUUCUAGUAGAAGGCUGGUAGCUUGCAGCCCGCUUCCAUCCUCCUAGUGCCUGUCAGCCAUUAUCGUUUUGUUCUCGCCGGGUUUCGUAGGUUCGAUUGGGGGUAGCUGACACACAUUUUCACUUAAAGAUCAUCCCAGGUAACGCACUGUGCGUAAAAGCUGUACGAGAUGUACAGCAACGGAUAUUCCAAUCAAACAUCUUACAGAUCCAGAGGAGACAGAGAAUAUGGCAACCGAAAUGGCGGAACAUACUGGAAUAGCCAACAACAGCCGCACGGAGAUAUGGGCGGGCUGAAGCAGAACCAGAAGAAAACCCCUGGAGAUCUACUGAAAAAACCUGACUGGGACUUGAAUUCUCUGCAACCAAUAGCCAAGAAUUUAUAUGUCCCGCACGCAAAUGUCGUCAGUCGUUCUCCGGACGAAGUGAACCAAUUUCAUGCUGGAAAAGAAAUCACUGUAAAGGGCAACAACACUCCAUUUCCCAUUCAGACUUUCGAGGAAGGAAAUUUCCCAGAUCAUGUAAUGGAAGAAAUUAGAAAACAGGGGUUCAAAGAACCUACAGCUAUCCAGUCCCAAGGAUGGCCCAUAGCACUCAGUGGGCGCGAUAUGGUUGGAAUUGCCCAAACUGGAUCUGGAAAAACUCUAGCCUACGUGCUUCCUGCUACGGUACAUAUCAACCACCAGCCACGCCUAGGGAGGGGAGAAGGACCAAUUGUCCUGAUUUUGGCACCGACUCGGGAACUUGCACAACAGAUCCAAAGCGUAGCCCGUGAUUUUGGUUCAUCAUCUUGCAUUCGCAACACUUGCAUCUUUGGAGGAUCACCCAAAGGGCCUCAGGCUCGUGAUCUAGAACGUGGUGUAGAAAUUUGCAUAGCUACACCGGGACGACUGAUUGACUUCCUCGAAAAAGGUACAACUAAUCUCCGUAGAUGCACAUAUUUGGUUCUUGAUGAAGCAGACAGGAUGUUAGAUAUGGGAUUUGAGCCCCAGAUUAGGAAAAUUAUCGAGCAGAUUAGACCAGACAGACAAGUGCUUAUGUGGUCUGCUACUUGGCCCAAAGAAGUACAAGCCCUGGCCGAAGAUUUCCUCAGCGAUUACAUCCAGAUCAAUAUUGGGUCUUUAACUCUUGCUGCAAAUCACAACAUUCGUCAAAUUAUUGAAAUAUGUCAAGAGCACGAGAAAGAACCCAAGCUAUCAUCCUUGUUGAGAGAAAUCGGGGCCGACCGCGGUAACAAAACGAUAAUAUUUGUGGAGACUAAAAAGAAAGUUGACGACAUAACUAAGGCAAUCAAACGUGAGGGGUGGUCUGCGAUAGCUAUUCACGGAGACAAGUCACAGCCUGAGAGGGAUUACGUUCUGUCAGAGUUUAGGAAUGGAAAAACUGCCAUUCUGGUCGCGACUGAUGUGGCUGCUCGCGGUCUUGAUGUCGAAGAUGUAAAGUAUGUUGUAAACUUUGAUUAUCCCAACAGUUCAGAGGAUUACAUACACAGGAUAGGGAGAACAGGACGUUGUGAAAGUGCUGGUACAGCUUACGCUUACUUUACUCCAAACAAUGCAAGACAGGCUAAAGAACUAGUCUCCGUAUUAGAAGAGGCUGGUCAGCCAAUAAAUCCUCAGUUAUCAGAAAUGGCUAAUUCGCAAAGGAAUCAAUUUGGAAAGGGUCGUCAACGAUGGAAUAACUCGCGAACCACAAAAGACAUGAAUGGAGGAUCAGGAAGCCCAAGAAACAUAGCAAGUCCGAAUGCAAACAAUUGGCAGAAUAAUCAACAAAAUGGAAGUCAGGAUAGAUCGACUCCGCGCCAACAAAACGGUUACCAAAAUAACCGGCAAACGAACUAUCACAAUAAUCAGAAUGGCUAUCAGCCGAGACAGCCAAAUGGAUAUCAAGCCGGCUAUCAGAAUGGCAAUGGCAGUGGAGGCGGAGGUGGAGGUGGCGGUGGAUAUCAAGGAAACUAUUAUAAUCAGAAUGGUGGUGCGCCAAGGUAUCAAGGAGGAGGACGUGGAGGAUAUCAAGGUAACAGAUAUAACACCAGGCAAAACGGUUACAAUGGAAACCAGAACGGACAAGGAAUGUACUCGAUGCCUCCACCCUUCAUGAUGCCGCCAGGAGGUCACACAGACGCAGGUAUCCAAAGUCUUGUAAACAACAAGUUCUUCCAGACGAACAGGCCUCCGCCAGGAACGAACCCUUGCGCUUAUCAGUCGAUGGGAUACGGUCAGUUCCAGCCUGUCCCACCCUACGGAUAUCCCUACCCACCAACUCCAGUACAGCAGUGACGUCUUCCGAGGGGAAAACCCUCGGGGACGCGGGCCAAGUAAGCGAGAAACUUGAGAUACUUGAUACUUGAUUAAUAAAUAUAAUAUUUGUCUGUUUUCUGUCUGGUUAAUAUUUCAACAAUUCAAUGUAACUGGUAGGUCCUUCAUUUCCUUUUUUUUUUUAAACUCAAUUCGUUCUCAACGUAAUAUUGAUCGUAUGUUUUUGUUUCUACUUUCUAUUGUUUCUACUUUAUAUCUACCUAUAUUUAGGAAAAAAUUUUGUUUCUUCAUAUUCGUCUUGUUCUUGAUUCUUCUACUUAUUUUUCAAUAUCUUGUUUUUCCUUUGAUUUGUACUUCUCUGGAAUGGUGCUAAGUUUAAUGUGUUUAACUGUAUCAAAAGUUUGAAGAUCUGUUUAUAUUUGAAAAUUAUUAAUACUACUGAAAUUAGUUUUGAUAAAUUCUCUUUUGAAAAAUUGAGUUCAAACCAUCUGCCAACUAACUGAAUGGCGGUUUGUCGGGCUCUCUACUUAAAUAGUUUAAAGUUUAAACAAAGAUUGUGCAAAUUUGACGAGUAAUCGUUGAAGACAAAAAAAAGAAAAAGAAUAGAAUGAUAAAACGAUACUACGCUACUUUUUGAGGCACAUUCCAGUCGAGUCUUGAUAGCUUGUUAGUAAUGGUAUACUGAUAUGAAAUAAUAGUAAUGAUAUGAAUAUGAAUAAUAAUAAUACUAUUAAUAUUAAUAUUAAUUAAUUGGAAAAAAAAAUCAAUAACGAUAUGAAUAAAUAUUGAAUGUGACCACAAGUGUAGUAAAAGGUGGUCAUCAUCAUCACUAUAUGAUAAUCGAUCUUAUGAUAACUAUGUAAUUAUACCUGUAUGCUUUUCUGAAAUGCACGAAACAUAUAGAAGGGGGGGUGGGUUAGGUUUAAUAAGUUAAUUUAUUUAUAUUAUGUAUACAGGCGAUGCUCUACUCAAUGUGAGGCCUUUUGCAUAAAAAUUAAGCCGAGCGCUUAAAAGAAAGAAUGAAAAAACCAUAUUGUACUCUGACGAGACUGGGUGUGUCUCGACGUAGAAAAAAAAUUCUUGAUAUAGAAAUUCGGGGAUCACUAAAUACUAAUUAAUUAAAGUAAAAGUAAACUUUAAAAGCUACUACUUGGGGGGGCCUAAUAUCAGGCGCGUAGUCAUAUGGCUGUGCAUCUCAGAGCAAAAGCUGAGUUUAUUUUUAUAUAUAUCAGAAGUAAUUUUUCUUGUUAAAAUGAGAAAUAUUAUUAAUAAUAUUAACAUUGUUGUUUGAUAUUUAUGCAACUGGCCACCCAAGUUGCCAACACUGCGUAACUUGAUCGCAAAAGAAGAGUAAAAAAUAAUGGCAAAAAACGCGUAACGAUAAUAGAAACAAAGGCUAAUAAUAUGGCUAAAAGGCUACGGUUCAAAAUAUCCCUCAUAUGUACCUCUGUUUAGUUCGGAUUAAAAAAUGAAAUUGACCAUUUUUACUUUAGUAAUUAUACGAAUCUAGGUUGUUAUGUAUAGAUAAAUUCGUAAUAAGCUGCAUAAGAUAUACACCUUGUACAUGAGGCUAGCAGCCCUGAGCCGUGUUCCAUAUUAUAUACUAUAUUGUAUAGUACAACCGUAUUAUCGUGCUAUAUAAUGCUAGGACUAUAGGUAUUGUACUCUCGAGAGAUAAAAAAAAAAUAAUAUACUGCUCCGAAAAACCCGCUCGCAUAAGAUGCAGACGAGUGAGAGAGAGCUCUGGACUGUGUUACAUUUUUUGAGCCUCCAGCGUCACUAGGUUUUUACCCGCUGUGAAAAUUUUAUAGGAUCUAUAAAUCUAGGUUAUUAUACACACAAAAUAUAUUUGAAGGCAAUGAAUAUAUAUAUCAAGAUGAAAUCCAUCAUUUUCUCAUUAAAGAAUAGCUACUAGAUUAUCAAUUGUCAAAUUAUCUGACCAAUUGAAAAAAAAGAAUGACGUAAUUCCAAUCAGAGCGUAGCAGAGUAAAAAUGAUGAGAGUUGCUUGAUUUUACAGAAACUAUUUUAUCGAUAACUUUUCUGUUUAUCAAUUGAUAUUAACAUUUCCUUUCUUUCAUAAUGAGAAAAGUAACAGCUAGGUAUUGAGUUUAUUUUGUAUCACCUGAUAAGAUGGAGUACAAUCACCAUUUUGUGUUGAGAAUGGUAUUAUUUUAUCACAACAUAGGGCUUUGCUAAGUAUUCAAAUUAUCAAUUAUUAUUCAACUACUAAAGUGCAGGUUCUACCUAUUUCCAAUUCAAACAAAGACUUGUGAAAUAGUUGGAAAAGAAUAUACAUAUUCCGCAAGUUUUUUGAAUAUGAUCUGGAGGCUUAUGCACAUUGCGUACUCCCUCUAUCUAAAAAACAAAAACAAACAAAUUAUGAAUUAUUUGAUCUGGUAGUUCUGAUCAAGGGUUAACACGCCACGGCUUUUUUAAUUUAUUCAUUAGCAGAGUGUAAAACCUUGGAUAGAUGGAACGAGGCGCAAGGGGAUAUUUGAUAAUAAAUAACCAAACACACAGGAUAGCGGGUGUACGCGUAUAGUUCUGUGAUAUAUAAAAUAUAGCGUAUUAUAGACCCACUGCUGUAUUUUACAUGAUGGUUAUACAUUAUUAAGGGAAAGAUUCUCUAAAUCAGUCUUGAAAAAAAAAAAACAUUUGAUCAAUUUGUAUGGUAUAAUCAUAUAAUAGGUCUUUAUAAUUCUUAUGACUAACAGAUUAAAAUUAACAUAUUAUAUAUACUUUUUUUGAUCUCCUAAAAUCAUAAAGAGAAAUUUGGAAUAUUUCCUUUUAUUUCGUUUGCUAGAGAGUCGCUGAGUUAUAUAAUGUGGUGAAAAAAAGAAAGAUGCGUGCAAAGGAAACUAAACCAUCUGGUGGUGAUCAAAAUUUAUUAUACACACAAUAUUAUAGAUUAACAGAAGUACACACACCUUUAACACCUACAAACUAAUGUCGUCUCUCGCCAAUCGAUGAGAAAGAUAGGUGUGCUUUCUAAAAAAGGAUUAUAUAUCCCAAGUCACAAAUUGGGGCAGUGAGACUGACAAUUGUUGUACCUCGCUUUUAUCAUCGCAUCAUUAUUAUACAUGUAUGUAAUUGAACACUUUGUAGUAGUAUAUAAGUUGUAAUUUUGUCGUUGAUUAUUUUGUUUCUCUUAAUAUUUCUUCACUCACUGCUUUGUUUUAACGAAGAAACAAACGAAAAAUGUGGGCGUUGUUGGUUUUCAUCAAAGACAAAGCAUAAAUAUAAUCUCGCUGCCCUGUUUGUAAAAUGAAUUAAAAAAGAAAUUAAUUCUAUUCCAUACUAACGAAUGAAUAUAAAGAACAAGUUGAAAAAUGUGCGUGGAUGUCGCGGCUCAGUAUUGCUCUGGUUAUAUUUGUCAACUAAUAUAUAUUUACCUACAUCAUAAAAUUGUGUGUGGGAUAUAUAUAAGUACCUAAUCCAACCUAAUUUCAUAUUACGCUGAGUGCUGUGAUAUCACGUACGUACAUUAAAACUUUUUUAAUUAUUAAAAAAGUUAAUGAAAACAAACAAACAAUAUACGCAUAUUAUAAUGUUACGAAUUAUCUCCUUUAUAUACAAAGACUGAAUCUCUCGCCAAUUUAUAUACAAUACAAAUACAAGUUUAGCAGCCGCAAGUACGCGUUACAUACUGUACACUAUAAAUACCUAUUUGUAUAUUAUAAAUUACAUACUAUAUUUUAAAUAUAUCACUGGAUACACUAUCCCAACGGAUGGGGUUGAACGAUACAGCUGUACUAUUGCUUAGUUUGAUAGUUGGGGGCACAUUCGUAUGAACAGAAAACAAAGCUAACAGUUAGUUACAUUGAAUUGAGAGUUAGCAGCUAAAAAGGCAACGUUCGAGUAGAAGUUUCAACUUUUGAUGCACUGCACUGAUGCCAAUUAAUAAAAUCAUUUAUCGGAUGAAUCUUGUGAAAGCUUUUUAAUAUUCGUAAAUGACAAAUAUUUUUUUCAUUCCUUGCAAAAUCAAUCCUUUCUUCAAUAUCUCUGGAAACUACUUUUUUGAAAUAGUAGUCUGACUUGGAAAUAAAUGAAAUUUGAAGCGGCUCUAAUUUGUUACACAUUUUUUUUUAUAAAAAACGAGUGAUUAGAUCAUAGUGUUUACUCUUUUAUGAUGAUGAAAUACGGCGCUAGAUAAAAACUCCUACCUUUCUCGUGCGUUUGAGACAAUUUUCAUAACACCAUAUUGGUAAUACUGAGAAAUAAAUAAGUGAAUGAAUAAACUCAUAGCACAACACAUAUUAUUUCGCCCUGGAUUGUUAGAAAACGAAAAAAAUGAACUAAUAAUAUUUAAAUAAUACCUAUUUUGUAUGUACUGCAAUAUUAUUAUCAGCUGUAUUUUUUGUCUUGUAAAAAUUGUUUAAUCCAUAAUCACAUUGUACCGUCAUCUACUUUCUAUUAGUUACAAAUUAUAAUCAAUUGGACAUCGAGAUGUAAUAUCUCUUGGUAAAUACCUGAAUGUCCAACGGUUUAAUGAAAUUAUUUUGUCUCAAGGCCUGUUCAGGAAAUACGUUUUUGUCUUUUUCUUCCUCAUAGUAAAAAAUCUCAUCAUUUUCACUAAUAUUAUUGUAAUAACACAAGGCAUACGUUACAAUAUAAACGUGUGUGAUAAUGAUAAUAUUUAUGUACACAAAAAAAAUCUAGUCAAAAUUGUUUUAAUAUGAUACUUAAGAUUUAUAGAACGAUUAGAGCACAAAAUCCCUUCAGUUAAAAUGUAUAAUUUUAUUUGAUGAGCUUGUGAUGAAUCGUUCAUUUUCUGUCAUUAUUACUUUUUUCUCUCAAUUUUAUCUGUUUGUUUAAAAGAUAAAAUAUGAAAUUUUUGAAGAGGCCUUUAUAGCGUUAUGACUUUUUUUUUGUUUCUUGUUUUAUUUAAUUUCAUAUUCUUCUCUUAUUAUAUAUUAUUAUCCGUUGAGCAGCCACUAUUUUUGCUCAAUACAAUCAAACUGUUGCGGUGAUAUUAUGAAUAUAAAAAAAGGUAUUAUAUUGUGUAAAUGGAAACGAACUUGACGGGCAUGUAUAAGUUUUUAUAUUUGAUACUAAUUUACGACAAAAAAAAAAGGAAGGAUCAAACGUAACACAAUGAAAUGAAUACUUCUGUAAAAGAGAGUAAAAUUAUUCCUUGUUCGGUAGCCGAAUGCUUAUUCCAGCGACGCUAGUUUUGACUUGGAAAAUAUAAUGAAAUAUAAAAUGAAAUGAAGAAUAAGAAAAGUGAGAGAGAGAGAGAGAGAGAGUGAAAGAAUAUUACUGUGAAAAAAAAACAUUUAUUUUUUGACCAUGACAUGAUUCAAGAGUAAAAAAAAGAAACGAAACAAGUAAUAUUUAGUAGUGUAUAUGAUGAUAUGAAUAUAUUGUGCAUCAAACCCUUGCUGAGCAAAAGUAUCGUCUAUCAAUAAUCAUAACAUAAAUGUACUAUGUAUGAUAUUUAAUUGCCUUUGCUGGUUAAUUAUUGUUGUACUUGGCUCAUCAUCAUUGUAUGGUUAUUAUUUCAUUAUUAGGGGAUAGAAAUCUGUUUAAAUAAAUAAAAUAAAAUAACAAAGUAAAAAGAGAAGAAAGAAAGAAAAUAAAUUAUAUAAAAUUUAAUAAGAUCGCAGGAAGCAAGAGACAGUCAAGCAACAAACAGAAGCAACAUAUAAAUAAAGAAGUAAAGGAAAAACAAUUAUAAUAAAAUACUACUCUAAAUUCAGGUUCUCUUCUGUAGGUUUCACUAAAGUGCAUUUCUUGUAUGUUAUACAGUAUUAUGAUAGAAAUUAAUAAUAAAAAAAAAUAUUGCGAUUAUAA